AUGGCAACUUCUGGCUCUUGCUUGCACCGUGCUGCGAAGGAUGACGAAGAAGACCAAAUGGGAGAAGAAAAGUGCUUUCCAUUUUUCCAUUUACAUAAGUUCACCACUUCGAUCCAUGAAGUGGCAGAUGAAAAUGUUAGCACCAGAUUGCCAUUUGACUUCAGCAGGCAGUCAUUGCACCUAGAUUUUAGCACUAUCAAAGAAGCAACAAUUAACUUAUCCGACCAUAACAAGCUUGGACAGGGCACGCUUCCUGAUGGACAAGAAGUAGCCGCGAAGAGGCUGUCUAGGAACUCUGAACAAGGAGAAGUAGAAUUUAAGAUCGAAUUCCUGUUAAUGGCAAGGCUUCAACACACAAAUUUGGUUAGGCUUAUCGGUUUUUGCUUGGAGGAAGAGGAAAGGCUUCUCAUCUAUGAGUUUGUGCCUAAAUCUAGCCUUGUGGGAAUUGCUCAUUAUCUUUAUGAAAAUUCUCAAUUACGAAUUAUUCAUCGAAACUUGAAAGCAGAUAUCAUUCUAUUAGGUGCAGGGAUGAAUCAUAAAAUUGCUGAUUUUGGAAUAGUUUGGUUGUUCAAAUAUGAUCAAACUCAUAUCGAUAUAACUAGAGCUGUGGGAACAUUGCAAUACGUAAAACAUGGACAUUUCUCAGUCAAAUCUGAUGUUUAUAGCUUUGGUGUGUUAGUUUUGGAAACCAUCAAUGGUAAAAGAUCAGUCGUUUCUUCGACGAGCAGGCAGGGAGUUUUCCAACUUAUGCAAGACAUGGUCAAUAAUUCGCGCACCAUUGGAAAAAAGGAAAAAGUGACAGUGAGUAAUUCACGCACCAUUCGAAUAAAAGGAGAAAGUGAUAUUUCCCAUAUGUUCUGGGAAUUUGACUAG